GUUCACACUGGUGGUCACGAUGAGGGUUCUGCUCGCACUCACCGCGCUGUUUGUGGCCGUUCUCGGCAAGGAGACGUUUGAGGGGCAUCAAGUGCUUCGCAUUGUUGCAAAGGAUGAAGUCCAGCUGUCUCUUAUCAAGGGCCUGGAGGACAUGAGCGAGUUUGAGCUGGACUUCUGGAGGGGAGUGACUGAUGUGGCCACCCCUGUGGAUGUCAGAGUUCCUGUCCACAGCCUGCAGUCCGUCAAAAUUCACCUGGAGAGUCAAGACAUUGAGUACUCCAUCAUGAUCGAAGACCUUCAGGCAAUGCUAGAUGAGGAGGAGGAAGAAAUGGUGUCUGCUGCUCGUGUCCCUGAGCCCAGAAACACAGACAGCUUUGACUUCUCCAGGUACCACCCCAUCGACGAGAUCUACGCGUUCCAGGACAUGCUGGUGGCUGAGAAUCCCAAUAUGGUCAGCAAGAUUGUGAUCGGUCAGAGCUACCAAGGUCGUCCCCUGAAUGUCCUCAAGUUCAGCACUGGUGGAACCAACCGUCCCGCCAUCUGGAUCGACACUGGAAUCCACUCCAGAGAGUGGGUCACUCAGGCCAGCGGUACCUGGUUUGCCAAAAAGAUUGUGAGUGAUUAUGGACGUGACCCCGCUCUCACCGCCAUCCUCAACAAGAUGGACAUCUUCCUUGAGACUGUGACCAACCCUGAUGGCUACUACUACACUCACAACAACAACCGUAUGUGGCGUAAGACCAGGAAGCCCAACCCCGGGUCUAACUGUGUGGGAGUCGAUCCCAACAGGAACUGGGAUGCUGGUUUUGGAGGAGCUGGUGCCAGUGGCAACCCCUGCUCAGAGACCUACCGUGGUCCCAGUGCUCACUCUGAGUCUGAGGUCAAGUCCAUUGUGGACUUUGUGAAGUCUCACGGUAACUUCAAGGCCUUCAUCUCCAUCCAUUCCUACUCCCAGAUGCUCCUGUACCCCUAUGGCUACACCAGGACUCCAGUCAAGGACCAGGCUGAGCUGCACAAUCUGGCUAAGAAGGCUAUCACUGACCUGGCCUCCCUGUACGGUACUCGCUACAGAUACGGCAGCAUCAUCAACACCAUCUACCAAGCCAGCGGUGGCACCAUCGAUUGGACCUACAACCAGGGCAUCAAGUACUCCUACACCUUUGAGCUGAGGGACACCGGCCGUUACGGCUUCGUCCUGCCAGCCAAUCAGAUCAUCCCCACCGCCAAGGAGACUUGGCUGGCUCUGAUGGCCAUCAUGGACCACACCUACAAGAACCCCUAUUAAUGUGUGUGUGUGUGUGUGUGUGUGUAGAGGUGUAAAUCUCUGUGGAGAGAAUAUUGUUGGCAAAUGUCACUUCCAGUAUCAUAACCAUGAUCAUCAUCGUACAUCAUGGCUCUUCAGACAUCGUGAAAACCACAAACAGACAAAUAAAUGAGCACAACAGAAAA